ACUGGCUGUUGCCCACGCCUACUCUCAGCCCCUAAAAUGAGCAGCGCGUUAUUUGUUGCUAGGAUACCAGACUUGGCUCUAACAGUGACUGAUCGGCUGUUUGUCGUUUUCAGGUGCAGGGAACUCAGACACAUCAAUUUGGUUUGACUCAAGAAUGUCUGCAGGGGAUCCUGAUGGCGUUAAACCAAAAUCAAUGUCGCGGGCAAAGCAUUGGUCAGAUGAGAUUGAAAAUUUGUACAGAUUCCAAACAGCGGGCUAUAGAGACGAAAUGGAAUACAGGCGCAUACAGCAAGUAGAGAUGGCGGAGCGAUGGCCAGACACAGGAUUUGUGAAAAAACUGCAAAGAAGAGACAAUACUUUUUACUAUUAUAACAAGCAAAGGGAGUGUGAAGAUAAAGAAGUACAUAAAGUGAAAGUGUAUGCUUACUAAAUAAAGGACUGAAAGUCUACCAAAGUGUUUGUACAUGAUAUGUUUUAGCUUCUUUGCUUUUUA